GCUUUGGGAAUUCCGACCCAGCCAGGAAUUCCUUCCCAAAUUCCCAACCCAUCCAUCCCUCUGGAGAAUCUCUGUGCUGGAACACCGAGGCCUCUCCGAGUUCCCGCGGGGAAAAUCCCAUUUUUCGGCACAGAUUCCCCAUCCUCGCUCCCUCUCACUUGGAAUUUGGGGUGGGAUUUUCCCUUGGAAUUUUCACUUCAGGGAAUCUUUUCCUUUCCCGUUUUUCCAUGUGGAAGUUGGGAUGAGGAGAUCCAAGAGGAGGCACCUGACGGCUCUGGAAUGCCGAGCUCUGGCUGAGAGCUCCGAGGUUCCGUCGGCGUUGCGGCAGCCGCAGCGCCUGGAGCGAGGAAUCCGCGGCCUUCGUCCCAUCCCGCGCCCUCGGAGCCGCUCCACAGCCCCCGGCCGGCAGAGGAGCAUCCUGGAUUUCUGUGGGAUCCGGAGCCACGGGAUCGAGGAGGAUCCAUCGGAUCCCUGUUCCCCUUCUCCUCCAGAUUCCUGCUUUUUCCAGCAUUCCCAGCUCUCCGUGCCACCUCCAACUGCACAUUCCAGGAAAAGACCUCUUCCCUCAGGAAUUCCCACCCCAGAGCUGGAUCUUUGGGAUGAACCCCAGGAGAAAAUUCCCGAACUGCUCCAGCAGGAAUGGGAAGAGCUGGAAGUGGAGCCUCUUCCUGAUUCCCACUACGGCCUCCUGGGCACUCGGAACUGGGAAUUCCCUCAGGGAUCCAUGGAUUCUCUUCCUGCUGAAAUCCUCAGGAAUAUUUUUGCUCUCCUGCCGGUGCUGGAUCUGUACCAAAACCUGAGCCUGGUCUGUCAUUCCUGGCGGGAAAUUAUCCGGGAUCCGCUGAAUUCCUCCCCCAAUUUCCUUGGAAUUCCUUCCCUGAUUUCCAUGGAGUUAAUUCCCGAUUUUCAUGGAAUUCAUUCCUCCCCCGGCCGGCAGAGGAGCAUCCUGGAUUUCUGUGGGAUCCGGAGCCACGGGAUCGAGGAGGAUCCAUCGGAUCCCUGUUCCCCUUCUCCUCCAGAUUCCUGCCUUUUCCAGCAUUCCCAGCUCUCCGUGCCACCUCCAACUGCACAUUCCAGGAAAAGACCUCUUCCCUCAGGAAUUCCCACCCCAGAGCUGGAUCUUUGGGAUGAACCCCAGGAGAAAAUUCCCGAACUGCUCCAGCAGGAAUGGGAAGAGCUGGAAGUGGAGCCUCUUCCUGAUUCCCACUACGGCCUCCUGGGCACUCGGAACUGGGAAUUCCCUCAGGGAUCCAUGGAUUCUCUUCCUGCUGAAAUCCUCAGGAAUAUUUUUGCUCUCCUGCCGGUGCUGGAUCUGUACCAAAACCUGAGCCUGGUCUGUCAUUCCUGGCGGGAAAUUAUCCGGGAUCCACUGUUUAUUCCAUGGAAAAAGCUCUACCACCGCUACCUGAAGGGGGAGCGCUCGGCCCUGCAGGCGGUGGAGCAAAUCCUGCAGGAAUUUUCCAUCACCAAGGAAAACCAGGAAUGUGUCCUGGGGCUGGUCAGGUUGGUGGCAUCCAAGGGAGCCAAGGUGGAUCCCAACGCUCUUCUCCGGGUUUUGGGAAGUCAUCCCCUCUUCCCAAAGGCUCAAAUCUGCGUCCACAACAAAUUCCCAGAUUUACUCAGCAAGCCUGGGCCCGAGAGGAUGUGGGCGAUCUUCGCUGUCAUGGUGUUGUUUUCCGACGGCAUCGGCGACAUCCGGAGCCUCCUGGAAUAUUUCCGGAGCUGCCGCUCGGAGCUGGCGCCGCUGGAGGCGACCGAGGCUCUUCACUGCAUGGCCACGGUGCUCCGUGCCAUGAGGGACCGGAGCAUUCCCAUCUCCAACAG